UAACAGCCUGCUGAUCGUCCCGCUCGAGAGCACCAACCACAAUACUCAAUUCCACUUGAUUUUACUGCUGGUGCUGGACCCGUCUGGUUGCUGCCCGAGCACAACAUAUGAACAGCAGGCUUUCUCCCCCCCUCACCCUCCUACAUCCGUCCCAAUCACGCCCGCAUAGACGAGCACUCGUCCGGCUGCCGCUGCUGCUCCUGUUUAAAGUGAGCGCUUCGCUUCUGCUUGGUCUUGGCCCAAACACAGGCACCCUCUACUCUCCUGUGUCAUGGACGCUGUCUUCGACGACUCCACGCCCGCGGAACGUCAUCACCAUCCUCACAUCUCGUCCUUCCUGACACCAUCGUCCGAGAGGGAACCUCUGUGCUACUUCACCUACAUUCCGUCCGCACCGUCGGACCACUGGUCAAUCGAGACGCCGCUGCCCUCGCCCGGCUUGACGGAGCACAUUAUCACCCCAGACCCGCACAACCCGCUUCUCGCAGCCCGGCCGCCCAUCCUCUCGCUGCCGCCCCAGACGAUGGACGCCUCCAAGCUACUGCAGCUGCAGACCGCCGCCGCCCACCCGCAGCGGCCCAAGCCUCGCCCGCACCAGGACGUGCUCGAGCUGAGCGACGACAGCGCCUCCAGCUCCGCCUCGUCCGAGAGCGGCGCCAGCUCCGCCUCCUUGUCGUCCUCGUCCUCCUCGCGGCCGAGGAUCUGCUCCCGCUGCCAGACCACCUUCGGCGAGUUCGUCGCCUUCUCGAUCAACGCGUACUACUGCACGCGCUGCGCCAAGAUCACCGGCCUGAUCGGAGGCUGAACGGCCCGCCAGCAUCCACCACCACCACCACCAUCAUCAUCAUCAUCACCACCGUCAUCACGUGUUCCACUGGCCGUACCGUUGCCGUCAUGUACACGCCGCCCUGCUCAGGCGCAAGACAACGCAGAGAGGGGUGCAAGGCGCAGACGCAUCGCGCGGCGUUUGCUACCCUCCCCUUUCCAUCCCUCUCUCCCUCUCUCUCUCUCUCUCUCCGCCCUUCCUACCAUUUUAGAACUGGGGAGGGCACCGCAGAAAGACAGGUGCGACGGUGACCCGAACGAGACGAAACGGGGGAAAAAAAAAGGCGCGAGCCAAACAAAGGUUUCUCUGUGCGCUCCCACGCUUCGUUGUGGGGGAACACGAAGUGCAAAAUCUGGCGGCACGCUCCGAGAGCUGCUCCUCACCUUCGUCUUCCUCGUUAUUCUUCCUUUCCCGUACUGGCUACGACCGGCUGCAUGGCGGAGAACCAGCGCGUGUCUCUUUUUUGCACGUACAUUCGUCUCCCGCGCCGAUUGGAAGGAAAUUGGAUCCGCCUUGUCUGACGGAGAGCGGACGUUCAUUUGGGUGAAUCGGCCUCGUGCCCGAGCUUACUGGUUUUUAUUCAUGGCACGUGAAGAUGGAAAAGGCAGGACUGCUGGAGCUGCAUUUGAUGUUUUGUAACGAAAGAUACCCAUAGACGUUUUGUUAUAAUUUGAGCGAUCUUUGUUUUUUUUU